AUACACACACACCGAGAGGCAAGAGGAUGGCUGAGGCGCAGGUUGCAGCGGCAAGUAGCGAACAAGUGGCGCUCUCGUGCAAUGCUGAGUAUGCCACCUACCCGCGAGGGUCCAACCAGGUCUGCUGGGCCACGGCCUCGCUCAAGGCGCCGUUCUACGAGGCCGCUGCGCGUGCUCCUGUCGACAUAGUGGCCGUCAUCGACAAGAGCGGCUCUAUGCGCGGGGCUAAGCUGGACCUCGUCAAGAAGACGCUUCUGUUUUUGUGCAUAAUACAUCCAGCAUGCCAUCUUGUAUAAAUUUAUACUGCACACGUGCAGUAAAGGAGUGCGACAGGCUGUCCCUGGUGACCUACGACACCAAUGUCUACCUGGACUUCUCCCUCACGUCCAUGAGCACGACCAACAAGGACAAGACCAAGAUCACCAUCUCAAAGCUGCGCGAGGGUUCCUCCACCAACCUCUGUGGAGGCCUUGUCAGAGGUAUGGAGGAGGUGGUGCAAAGUGCGGGAGAGAGAGCUCAGGUCCAGUCGGUGCUCCUCCUGACUGACGGGCUAGCUAACCAGGGGGUCCGCGAUGCAGAGGGUAUCCUGGCCAAGAUGAGGGAACUUCAGGACCCUCCAGUUCAUGGAGAUGUGGCUCCAAAGAAAUUUAAGGGGUACUGUCUACACGUUUGGAUUUGGGUCAGAUCACGACUCCAAUCUCCUCGAGGCUAUCUCCAGUCAAGGAGGCGGAGUCUAUUACUUCAUUGA